CCCCCCCACACCAAUUAUCUUCUUCUUCUUCUUCCCCAUUGGAUAUUGAAACAGUUGAGAGAGAGAGAACCCAUUUGAGCUAAAAGUUGUAAACAGUAGCACUAACAUUACACACUUGACACCCACCCAACUUAUAUUUUUACUAUUAUUAUUUGUGGUUGAAAAUAUAAACAAGGCUUAGACAAAAAAGAUAAAAUUCUGCACUCAGAAAAAGGGUUUCAAUUUUUUAUUCACUGAGUCUGCUGCAUUCAGUGAUGGGUUAACUUAUUCAACUAUCAGUUUGCCAAAAGUUGAGAUUUUAAAAGGAAGGUUUUGGGAACAAUCGCGUCGUGGGACGGAUUGAUUAACCUAAUUUCCCCUAUUCUGUAGUUGACUUAUAUUGUCCAAUUUUGUGUACCGGAAACACUUUUUAGGGUUUUAUUUAUUUGGGGGUUUUGGAGCUAUGAUCGGAUGUUUUAUUCUGUUAGAAUGUUAUUGUACGCAAUAGUAGAUUCUGAGUGGAUUUAGGAGUUAGGUACAGGUGUAUAUGUAUGGGAAUGGCUGCAGAGUCUUCUAAUACAGGGUUUCAUCACCAAGCUUUAUCGUUUCAAUCGGGUGCAAUAGGAAGCUCAUCGUCUGAUAUGAUGUUGAUGGGCAAUUACUACAGUAACCUUGGAAUGAAUUUCAAUGUAAAUAAUAAUGGCGGAGGAGGAGGAGGAGGAGGAGGAGGGAUGUUGUUUUCUGGGAAUCCAAGUGCGAUGACAAACAGUGGCCGGAGUAGCAACAAUAAUUCAGUAAUGAGUCAGUCUGGAGGUUGUUCGAGUUCUUUUCUUAUUGAUUCAGUGCCGGGGCUCAAGCAUGACACCGGGCUGGCGGUAGAGUGGACCCUCGAGGAACAGUACAAACUGGAUGAAGGACUUAUCAAGUUUGCGAAUGAACCCAGUAUAAUGAAGUAUAUUAAGAUUGCAGCUGCACUCCGUGACAAAACUGUACGUGAUGUUGCAUUAAGAUGUAGGUGGAUGACGAGAAAGCGCAGAAAACAGGAAGACUAUAGUUUGGGGAAGAAAGGGAAAGACAGGAAGGAUAAAUCAGCAGAAGCAUCCAUGAAAACUGGUACAUCCUCAGCUUCGCCAUUGAGCUUCAUUCCAUAUUCACUCUCCUCAAAUCAUCGUAACCAUGGUGAAAAUAUCCCUUCUGCAGCAUUACUUGGAACGAGACAUCUACUGGAAGAAAACAAUCAGGCUCUCAAUCAGAUUUCGGCCAACCUUUCAGCAGUCAAGUUGCAGGACAACAUUGAUCUCUUCAUCCGAACAAGAAAUAAUAUAACGGCAGUUUUAAACGACAUGAGAAAUAUGCCAGGGAUUAUGAGCCAAAUGCCACCCCUCCCAGUUUUGUUGAAUGAGGAACUUGCUAGUAGUGUUUUGCCUAGUAUGACUCAGCCGAUGAUGUUUGGCUCCACAAGUGGAAUCCAGCUGAAACAAGAGCCAGGCUGCUGAUGCAGAACGCUUGGUGUUAAAUUUGGAUUACUAGCUUGUGUAAGUACACCAAAUUUUUUGCUGUAAAUGCAUAAAAAGCUGGCAGGUCUUUGCAGCUUGGGUAUACGACUGGGUUCCACGGGAAGAACAUUUAUCAGAACCCGUUUUUGGAAGCUGAACAUCUGAACACGAGCACCAGGAAAUAGCAGCCUCAUGUUAUUGCAUAUCAGGGGGAAAACUGUUAUCUUGAUACUGCACUUACAAGCUUUUUUCUUCUUGUUUCAGCCUUCUGUGUGUAAAUUUAGGGGAUAAAUCGAUCUUCAAAGUCAAUUCCGUGGUGCUUGAUUAACUAUUAGCUUUAUAAUGCCGUCGCGAUUCUCAUGUUGUGUUGAGUUUGUUCCACUUUAGGUGUAUAUUUCGUAGGGCAAAUAAUACUUGAUUUCCUACUGAAUACCCUGUCUUGAUUUGGUGUGAGUAUUAAGAAGAGAAAGGAAGUGUAAGAAGAGAAAAACACUGAAGCUAUUUCUUUGCUGUUCUCAUGUCA